ACCAUGGUGAUGUGUCUUGUCCCGGUCUCUUACACUGGAGCAGUUUUGUUGGUGUAGUUGGAAAUAACCAACAUAAAUGUGCUAGCCGGUCAGAAUCGUUUUUGUGGACGCAGAAAUGGAUUUACCAGCGUUGUAUUAUGGGGAACUUGAUCAAAGAAACCCAGUACUUUCAGCUUUUAAGCGAGAGAUUAACUCGUUUAUAACGCUGAUGAAACAAGUGGCUUCGUCGAACAACCAGGACAACAGCACUUAUGCUAAAGGGAUUAAAAUCCUGGUGGAGAUAUGGAAAAAGUUCAAACAUCGACUGCCUUUGAAACUGUACCAGGAGCACAUGUUGCAUAUUGCAGAUUUUCUCUUUGGAAUAAAGCUGUACCAGCUGGCUCUAAGGCAGGGCUACAGUCUCCACCUGUCACAGUUCAGCUCAGUGAAAAUAACUGACAUCACAAAUGUGGAUCAGUUUAUGGCCUGCUUCUUCCCCGAAGGGCUUGAUACAGACCAAAAUAUCUUUGCCAUGAAGGUACGUGCCAUGCAGGGCUGUGCCCUGUGUAUAUUUGAGCUGGAGAGACAGCACAGUUUCCUCAGCCAAAAGGGGCUCUGUAAACUGCUGCGUGUGCUGAACUUCACGAGGACCAUGAUGCAGGCAUUUCAGCAACAUGAGCACCUCUACUGGCAGAUAUAUAAUGGUUCAUUACACAUUUACAAUGUCUGCCGUUAUUUGAUGACUAUGCAGUGUAGCGCGCAGGCACUGGAGUACCUCCUGUGGGCAAGCAUCAGUUUGGAGUUGUCCAUCCCUCUGAUGACAGCUAAGUAUCUGCCAGUGAUUGUCACACUCUACUGUGCCGUCUGCCAGUGUUACUAUGACAACCAUGCUGAGGUGCAGGCAGAGGAAUUUGCCCGGAGAGCCCUUGGAAAAAUCAACGAAUUAGCAAAACUCGGGGAGCACAGUGAAGUUCCUGCCACCAGAGAGACUCAGAGAGCUUACAAAGAUGCCUCCAUCAAGCUUGGUGCCAUGAUUUUCAAGCGAGCAGCAUUUGAGACCCGAAAGAGACCCAAAACCCUGUACAAGAGCAAAAUCAAAAGCACCCUGAAGGACAUACCUAAUGUGCCAUGGCCUCGUACCCCAACAGAGCGCCUGCUAAUAGGCUUGUUUGAGUGCAGUGCAGCACAGUUCCUGGGCAUUUUGGAAGCACUCUGGGACAGCAACAUGCGGCCACUUCAAAUGAGAAUGCCUGAAGAUCCGGAGCUACAAGAGGUCUACCUGGAACUCUUGUCUGCUGGAAUUAGUUUGUUAUCUUGUGUCACUGGUGAGCAGAGGUAUGAUGACCACCCGUGCCUGUCUCCUCUUGUACUGACACAGAAUUCGACUCUGAUAGAUCUAGCCAUUUCAGGAGAAAACAAAAUACCCAUCAUAUCUGCAGUGAGGUUCAUCAAACUGCUGUUUCAGUACAAGCAGCUGGAUGCAUUUACUGAACUCAGCACAGAGAUGCUGCAGGUUUUGACUAGUUUGGAUGGCCAAUCAUUCAGGAGGGAAAAGCAGGAGCUUGCUUUGCUUCACAGUUUCAACAUUUUGCUGUCUACCCAGAGGAGCCCUCCUAAAGAAGACAUCACAAGCAAAGACCAACAUAAGGCUUCACUUUCUAUGAGUGAUAAACUGAUGGAUCUGGUAGAAACCCUUCACAAAUCCGUCUGUGAUUCUGCUCCUGAGGUGCAGCCAGAUGCAGACCUGAUUCUGGAUAUUGUGUUGUUCCUGUGGGGUAAGAUGAAAGCGGUGAUACAGAGAGAUCCUCUGCAAAAUCAAGAGAAGUGGUUGUGGUGUCUUUAUGUGUUGUAUGAGGUGGCCCUCGCCUGUGACCUGGCAGCUGUUGACUGUAUCAUGAUAGCAGAGAUGAGCCACACAUUGGGCAGGCUGCUUGAGAAUGCAGCUGAAUAUUUUCUUGAAACUUCAACGUCAGAAGUUUGCGAAAGACACUGUGAUGAUGCAAAGCCAAACUCUUUCUCUAUUCUUGAGAGUUCAAGCACAGAGCUGCUUCAGAAAGUGUGUGAGGUGGUAAAGAGGGGUCUUGAAGCUUUGGCAAAGGUUGCGGCUAUGCUGGCCCCCCAGGACUGCUCAGCUUUCACUGACUUUGCGUUCAUGCAGAAAUUUAGUCCCCUCCAGUCAUCGGCUUUUUCCACAACCUCUCCAAAAUCAUCAAAACACAGAAAUGAAGACGAUGGAGUAAAUCUGAAAAAAGGAGAGGUGGAAACUCAGACAGAAUCUGACUUUAAUGGCUGUCGACAAACUGAAGCCACAUGCACGUAUCUUUUGAUCAAAGAUCUCCACCUAGAGUUGGACAUUAUCCUCCACAGGGCUUCCCUCAAGUUGUUGCAGCUAAAUGCAGUUGUAGAGUCUGAACUGUUGGACCGGAUCAAAAAAAACAAGGUGUCCAAAGCUCUGUUCCUGAUCCAGAAAGCUUUGCUGGUGUACAACAACAUGGAACAAAGUGACAUCAGUGAAACCAAAAGUCUGCUGGAGGAUGCUGCUACCCUCAUAGAGAAAGCAGGUAUGGAGGAGAGAAAAGUGUACAUGUCCUCAACUCCUAAUACUACAUCUGAAGAUAAAGGGAUAGUAAUCAAGGAGGACAGACAGAGCCCUCCACCUCCUCCUGUCCUACUCUCACGCAACGACCACUCCAUGACCUUUGCCCCAGCACCUUAUAACUUAGAGGGACAAGUGUGCUGGUACCAGCUUUGCGGUCGGGUAGCUGAGGGCAUAAACCGGAAAGUCCGGCUUGGAGACUGCAGCCUUCCAGGAACUGGAAAUAUGGUACCUGCUGUAUCUGGUGAGUGUGUGCUGAGGGUGGAGGGUCUGGAGCCCAAUCAGAAGUAUGUGUUUGCUGUUGCAGCAUACAACAGUCAGGGAGAGCUACUGGGCAGCACUAUAGGGGGGACAACAUUACCACUGUUGGCAUCCAUGCCUGUACCGCUGCUCUCUGCUUGGGCUCAUUUGGCUAAGGUGGCUUUUCAGACAGAGCAGUAUGCUGUAGCAAAAAGAGCCUGCAGAGAACUUUGGAGCCACUGCACCUACCCUGACAGUGAGUCCAACAGCACAGAGGGCAGACUAGCCACCACAGGACUACACAAAGAAAUCCUGCAGUACUCCUCUCUUCACUUGUGUCAGCUGUUUCUCACGUCCAUCUUCAUAGAGACAGAGAUCAACAUUCAGCAGGGAUCACUCUAUUGUGACUCAUUCAGUGACAAUGGACCAUUUAUCUGGGAAAAAGAAGCCAGACUGGCAGAAUGCGAGCGAAUGCUGGUGGCCAUGGACUUGGCGAUGUGUUUGAAUGAUGCGGCUGCUGCUUUGCAGGCUGCAGUUAGCUGCUACGGGCUCCUGGCACCUAUAAUGUUCCAUCAGAUUACUUGUGACUCUGUGGUGCAAGUACUAAAAAAAUGCUUGAUGGUUUUGGAGGAGAAUUCAGGUCUUCUAAAACAAAAAUGGACUGGAAACACCUCAGAAUCUUUUAUCCACAUGAUAGCCUGCAUCACCUACUACCUGGCAAAGACGUUGCGUGAGCUCAGGAAACACGAGAUGGCCAAAGCACUGAUGGACUGUGGCUGCAGGCUACUUCAGGAUGUCUAUCAUGCCCAGCUGCAGAUUAGGAGACUCACCAAUCAAUCUGAGGGUCGUAAAACAGCAGAUCAAGCCACAGUCAAGAGUGAGAUGAAAAUAAGUCGUCAGCUGAAGGCACUGGAAAGAAAGAACAAGGAAAUAACAGUUUCAAAUGGAACACACACCCCAGAGCCUGAGACUUCUCAGACACUAACCGUCUCAGAAGAUCCAAACUUAUUGUACGAGCUGAUCUCCAGUGGCACAUUAAAGGAUGCCUACAUGCAUGUAAUGAAACUCCGACGCAAGGUGUAUUUUACUGAGUUUGCUGCACUGCUACUCCAAAGAACCAUGAAAGAAGGCCAUAUAGACCUUGUGUUGGAAUGGGGGCAGAGCCUGUUUCAGUUUCUUUCCAGCCGUGACGAGGCGAUGGUACUGUCCGCUAAAUGUUUGGAGGGGCACGGUCAGAUUAGAAAAAGAAGUGGAAACCAGAAUGCAAAAGGAAACGAAACCUCCCAGAACAAGAACUCUUCUUCACAUGAUGAUACAAGAAAGAAAGCAAAGCAUAAAUUGGCACAGAAUAUGCUUUUGAAAACGAGGACUCACAGGGAAGUGCUGGCUAUGGAGAACUCGCUUGCUAUGAUUUCAUCUGUGAUGCAGCGCCGAAAGAAGAGGCUACAGCUGAGGCACACUUGCGCUGUGGAGAGGGUGUGGAGAUAUCACCUGAACUACUGCAUGGCUCAGGCCCAUUUAGCAGUGUUUUACCAGCGUCUGGCCCAACAACACAGAGGAGACCUGGAGCAGAGAUACAGCCAGUUUCACCCUUUGUGUUUUUCUCUGGCUUACUCUGGUGUCCUGGUAUGGAGGAACAACUUGCAGCAACAUGAGUUGGAGUCUUCAAAUGAAGCUGUUUUACUUGAAGACUCAUCUGAACACAUGGACUAUGUGAUGACAGCUCACAGAGAUAGAGGAAGAAAGGAAGCAGCUGAUGGCUCUGUCGCAGAGGACAGAUGUAAGGAGGGAGAGGGCUCUCCUCAUUCUGUGGAACAGCAGAUGGAGGCACAGAGGUGCACUGGUGCCACACUGCUGGAGUCAAUUAACAAAGUUGCUGUGCAUCUCCGGAGAGCUAUGGUGUUGGCUCAUCGUGGCAACCACUGGACCACUCUGCAGUGUGUGUGUCAGGCACUGUGGGACCAAAGCUGCAGAAUCACUGUCCUUGUACAGAGAGCUGCUCAGCUUGAAACUCCAUGUACGAUUACAGCAGAACAGCUACACAGUAUUCUCACCCCACUGCUGGUGCUGGCCACUGACUUCAUCAUGGACAUGCUGCAAAAACUAGGGCUCUGGAGUUUGUAUGGCAGUGACUUGACUGAAGAUGAGCUAGAGUCCAGUCUCCACUUCUCAGUCCCACUUGAUGAUAGCACCCAGGUGGAUCUGCGUUGGGUCCGCACGUUGGUGUUGCACACUCUUGAGCGGCUCCAUGACAGUGGCAAGUGGGAAAGCCUGGCCCACUUUGCUUUACUUUUCAACUCAUACACACGGGAUCGGUAUACUGUUAUCGUAACUCCUCUGCUUGUCCACGCCCAGAGGAUGUUACUUGAAAGAAUAAACUCUUUUGGAGGCCCUUCAGUCCCACAGCCACACCAUGUCAACACACAGAAAGCCACUGGAAAAGAGGUGACCAAUAAAAGUUAUGCAGGCUGCCAGCUUCUCAGUGGUCGGAUCCAUCACGCUGCACAGAAACGGCACCUUCACAAAAAAGCAGCACUAACAAACUUGAUUCCUCGAGAUCUUACAGGUGCAGAGAUACAGCACGCCAUGUCCCUUGUUUGUGUCCCACUGGAUGUAGAGGACACGCUGAGCUGUUAUCAUCAAGCUCUUGAGAAAAAACCAUAUUGUCUUCAGAUGUUCCAGCACAGUCGCUCACUGCUUGUGCUGCUUCUGGCAAACACACAACCCUGUUUUAUGAUACCGACGCAGCAUUGUCGGAGCCGAGGUCUCAGCCAUUCAGCGAGCUUUGUGAAUUUCAGUCCUGUUGUUAUGCCCACUCCAAACAUCCAACCAUGUGACCUGACAGAGGAGGACUACAGUACUCCAGAUGCUAUCUAUGGCUUCCCUAUCAGCCGUGACCACUUGCAGACUAUCAUUUCUGCAUACUCCACUUCUAUAAAAUACCUGAAGGCUAACAGCCGUGACUCCCUCAGAGUUCUGGCUCUGCAUGAACUGGGAAACCUACAGUUCUACAGUGGAAACACACGAGCUGCUCACUCAUGCUGGAGUAAAGCCGUAGAUUGUGCCUUGCAGAGCUCAGGUGUUUUGGAGAAAUGGGAUGGCGCGUCGCUUGGGAAUGGCUCCCUGCAAGAAAUUCUAAGGCAGGCUGGAAUGUGGGGAUGUCUGCAGGCGGCUGUGGUCACUGCUAAGAUAGCACAGUUUAUCUUAACUUCUGAUAUCAACCAGCGGACAAAGUACUGUCUCCUGUCUGCUUACCUGUUUAAGAGUUUGCUGUGUUGCUCCAUGGCUCAACCCCAGGCAGACCUCCAGUACGCCUCCUACAGCAUCGGAGAUGAGUUGCUCCCUGGAGUUGACCUUUUCUCCGAACCCCACAGGCUUCACCUCGGCACAACUGUGUCAAGCCUGAACUUUAUUUGCCACUGGCUUUUAACCACUGGCUACUGCAUCAUGCUGCUUCCUACACUAGCCCUCUAUCUACAUUUUGUGGGGACUGUGUGCAGAGACGUACAGCACACUGUUAAAGGCAAAAUAUUGAAGAUACGUGCCCUUACUGAACUGUGUCUGUUCGCUGAAGCUGUGAAGGACGCAGUUCAGCUCACACGUGGAACAGGUGUCCUUCUGCCUCAUGGACAAUACAUUGCCAGUGCCUGUGUCCAACCUACAAAGACAUUCUGUAGCAACAAGUCUCUUCUGGACAAUGCAGAGGCUUUGGAGGAACUUGUGAACUGUGACUUUACUCCAGAAGUCUGCACCCUGUAUGGACCAGCACUGUGCCUCAGAUUUAACCUUGCUCGUGUUCAACUAGUUCUGGCACUUACUAAUGCUAUCGCAAGCUAUCCUGUGCCAGAUUCUGUGGAGGGAGAAGUUUGUAUCAGUGUAACAAGUUGUUCGGUGGACCCAAAAGAUGAUGAGCAGGACAGUCCAGACACUGAUGAUUACUGUCCAAAGACAGGAGAACAGAAAGUUUUCAAUCUUGAUGCUAAGAAUCUAACCCCAGAAAGGAUAAAGUUCCUUUUGCUGGAACGCGCCUCCUCGUGGUUAAACACCAUUUCAGAGCAGCUUGAAUCUCAUUCCUUGUGCAAAACGGAAACCCUGGAACUGACGAUAGAAUCCAAUCUUCUAAAGGGCAACCUCUACAUGCAACAAGGACAUACGGCACUUUGCUUUGACACGGCAGUUUCAUCUUUGAAGCUGCUCCAAACAUCACCUGUGACUGUGAGAGGAUCCGGGGCUGAUGAUAAAGAUUUUGGUGAGUCAGACGCCCAGAAUGGAGACUGUCCCGGAGUAGUUGAGGCCAAUGAGAGGAUUGGAGUUCAUCUGUGGUUACGUUGCCGCUUGGCUCUGGUCCACAGCCUGGUUGCCCACAACCCUCGCACCAUUGAGCUUUUACCAGGUAAGAACAUUAAUGACGAAGCAGCCCGGGUGUUACAGGAGGGUUUCGAUGAAUGUGCACUGUGGGGAGACCUUGACAUUCAAGCCCUGCUGUUGGUUGAAGGUGCCAGACUGGAAGCCCGGAGAGGCAAGACUGACAACAGCAUGACAAUGCUGCAGAAAGCAGUGAGCCUGCUGUCAGGACGGACACGCUUGCCACAGAAGUCUGUCAUUACGCUGGCUCAGGCCACUUUGCUGCUCAGUGACUUAAGAGGGGCACAGAGUAUCACACCUCUACAGCUGAUGCAGAAACUGCUGAAAAAGCAGCUGUGUGAUUUUGGUGAAAGUGUGGAAUUAGUUGAUGGAAAAAUGUGUUUCUUUCCUCCCGGACCAAGCAACAUCUACCUCCCAUACUUCAACAUACUAAACCAGACCAGUUUGCAAAUUGGCAACAUCAUGGGUCAAAGUAAAAUGGAGACACAGGUUUCUGCAAGCCAGUCAUCAUAGUCCACUUCAAGGCAGACUUUGACACUCUAUCCAGAAUGAGAGCGACUCGAGCAAUUUCAUCUCCAAGCAAUCCAACCACCUCCAGUCCUAAAUUACUUAAAUGCAUCUUUUGUGCAUAUUUAACGAUAGAGAUGGAUGCUGAAGGCUUUUAUUUUCCUGGAGACCUGGAGUCUUGUGGAAAAGUUUGUGUAGCAACACAUUAUUUUAUCAACUUAGUUCAUAUGAGCCAAAAUACUGUAUAGUUUCGCAUUUCUGGAUAUUUUAAGUCACUUUUAGUUAACGUCUAGAAUAAAAUGAAAUGGUAUGCAUUAAUUUAGCACCUUUUAAUCUAAGGUACUGAAAGUUCUACAAAGCAUUGAAAUGCAAAUGUUCAUUUAUCAAGUCACACACACCAAAAAGAUCAGCCAUGGGUUUGGUGUCUUGUCCAAGGACACUACUAUGCGUGAAAUUGCACAGGCUUGAACCACCAACCCUGCAAGCUACCCCACAGCUACACGGUGCUACCAGAACUCUGUGUAGUUUUUGUUGUUCUUCUUGUAUGUUUAUCUGCAUCAGUAAAUGGGUCAAAUAAAAUAAACACAAAAGAAAAGAGUA